AUGGCAGCGACUUGGCCACUAGAAGCGUUGUCCGACGGUUCAAGUCUUUCGCUCGGCGCGUGUGACUUGAGAUUUGAAGAGCUUCUAGAAUACGCCGUAUUUAGUGACAUUUUAUCAACCAUGGAAGAGGAUUGUCAGAAAUAUGCUGCUAUAGAUAUAAAUAAGUUGAUGUCAAAAACCGGACAGCUAUCUUUUUAUUUAACAAGCAUUGUUAUGUCUUUGUAUAUGGCAUCUGCAGCAUUUUACAUAACUAAUACUAUUGGAUUUCAAGGAAAUAAUGCUUCAGUAUCUCGGGAGCUCCUUAUGAAAAUGGAUUUGCCUUUCGAGACCAGCGAAUCGCCGAAUUACGAACUUGUAGUAACUACACAGGUCCUUAUUCACUUAUCAGUGGCCGUAGCAUACGGUGCAUUCAAUGCUCUUCUCUUAAUGGUGGUACUUCAUCUAGGAUGUCAAAUCGACAUCAUGUGCCGAAAUUUGCUAGACGUUUCCUUCAAAGACGGAAAACAAAUAAAAUUCUUCAUUAACAGACAUCAGGAAAUUAUUGUUUUUGCAGAAAGAAUUGAGAAACUUUUUACAUACAUGGCUCUCAGUCAACUUGUGUCCAAUACGAUAAUUAUAUGUUGCGUAGGAUUUCUCGUUGUAAUUGCAGUACAUAUCGACAAUGGAGUUCCUCUGUUACUCAAAUCUCUUUUAUUUUAUGUGGUUAUUUGUUUAGAAGCGUUUAUAUACUGCUUUGUCGGAGAAUAUCUCAGUAUCAAGAGCCAACUAAUCGGCAAUACGGCGUAUGAAUUUCUUUGGUACGAUUUACGUUCAACUGAAAGCCAACUUCUAAUACCUGUAAUAUUGAGGUCUCAAAAGGGUUUCACGUUUACUUUUGGAAAAUUUUCAAGUCUCUCCUUGGAAAGCUUUACGGCCAUCAUGAAAGUCUCAGCAUCAUAUAUAUCAGUACUUCUUGCAGUGUAUUGA